CACGAGCAUAUUUGAUAGAAAACCAACCAGCUAGGAUGCUAGCCAGAAUGAUCGUAGUCUUCCCGAAAACCUCACUAAAUAAUAUUAUUGAAAAAGUAUCUUCUGUCACUGCUGUCACCUGUUUGUUUGGGUUUUUGGAGACUGCAGCUGCAGCUGAUUCUUUCCAUACUCGUUACCAGUACUAGUACCGAACCAAAUUUAUUGAACAUUUAAUUAAUGUAGGCUAGCUAGCACUAACCAAGCGUUGUAUACUAGGAAGGACGCUGGCUAGCUAGCUAUACUAGUUUAGUUUGCUAACAAUCCAGCGUUGCUAACAAAGCUAGUGCUAGUCUUAUUAACUAGCAAUUAUUUGGGAACGUCGUUAGCUACAGAAGUGGCUAGCUAGCCAGACUAGCAAGGAAUGGAUCAUUUCCAGGGAAAGAUUUUGUACAUGGCUGAACCGAAGAUGAUGUUCUCGGUCUCGCACAAAACUGCAUUUGUGGUUGACCACUGCCCCUACAUGGCUGAAUCCAGCCGUCAACAGGUAGAGUGUGAUGUGCUUACCAAGAAUCGUGCACAGGGGGUUAUACCACUGGCUCCUGUAUCCAAGUCCCUAUGGACCUGUGCCGUAGAGUGCUCCAUGGAAUACUGCCGCAUCCUUUAUGAUGUAUACCCCACAAACAAACUGGUCAAUUACAUUGUCAGUGAUUCAGAGUUUCAUGUCCUGAACAGUUGGAGGCAAGGAGACCAGAGCACUCAAGAGCUCAUGUCAGCCCUGGCGGCUGUAGGGCCACCUAAUCCCCGGGAAGACCCUGAGUGCUGCAGCGUCCUGCAUGGGCUGGUGGCGGCAGUGGAGUCAUUGUGCAAGAUUACAGAGUUACAACACGAGACGCGCACCACUCUUAUGGACACUGCCGAGAGGGUUGCCAACAGAGGGCGCAUUAUCUGUCUCACCAAUGCAAAGAGUGAUACUCAUGUACGAAUGCUAGAGGAUUACGUCCAGGAAACGAUCCUAGAGCAAAACAAACUGGCAGCUGGCUCAGAUAGACUAAUGGCAAUCCAACAGUGUGAGCUGGUUCUAGUACACAUUUACCCCCAGGGCGAGGACACCUUGGUCUCUGAUCGGACAAAAAAAGAGGUGUCCCACCUGCUGACUAGUGAGGUCCACAGUGUACGGGCAGGGAGGCAUCUGGCCUCUAAACUGAACGUUCUGGUUCAGCAACACUUUGACUUGGCAUCUACAACCAUCACAAACAUACCCAUGAAGGAGGAGCAGCAUGCCAACACAUCAGCUAAUUAUGAUGUGGAACUUCUCCAUCACAAAGACGCCCACCUGGAGUUCUUCAAAAGUGGUGACCUCCACAUGGCAGGCAGUACCAGUCGAGACAGCGGGCUCAAAGAGACAGUUACACUUAAGUGGUGCACUCCUCGCACGAACAGCAUAGAACUGCACUACUGCACCGGAGCCUAUCGCAUCUCUCCUACAGAUGUCAACAGCCGUCCCUCUUCAUGUUUGACCAACUUCCUUCUUAAUGGACGUUCAGUUCUUCUGGAACAACCCCGGAAGUCAGGGUCAAAAGUCAUCAGCCACAUGCUGAGCAGUCAUGGGGGCGAAAUAUUCUUGCAUGUCCUCAAUAGUACCCGCUCCACCCUUGAGGACCCUCCAUCUAUUAGCGAGGGAUGCGGGGGGCGGGUCACAGACUACCGAAUUACAGACUUUGGGGAGUUUAUGAGGGAAAACCGUCUCACUCCUGUCCCAGAAUCCCAAUUUGCUGAUCUCUCAGAAAAGUCGCCUCUGGAAAGGGCCAAAGCCCAGCUGGAGCGCUACACUCGCUACUGGCCAAUGAUAAUCUCCCAGACUACCAUCUUCAACAUGCAGGCGGUGGUUCCACUUGCUAAUCUCAUAGUGAAGGAAAAUCUAAGUGAAGAAGAUGUGCUAACCUGUCAGAAAACUGUCUAUAAUCUUGUGGAAAUGGAAAGGAAGAACGACCCUCUGCCCAUCUCCACUGUUGGUUCCAGGGGCAAAGGCCCCAAAAGGGACGAGCAGUAUCGCAUCAUGUGGAAUGAACUGGAAACUCUAGUGAAAACCCAUGUGGGAGGAAGUGAAAAACACCAACGAGUUCUGGACUGUAUCAGUGCCUGCCGCAAGCCUCCCGAGGAAGAGGACAGAAAGAAAAGAGGAAGGAAGAGGGAAGACAAGGAAGACCGGUCGGAGAAGAAUGGCAACAAAGAGGCAGAUGACAAGAGCUGGCAAGAAUCUGAAAGGCUAAAAGGGUCAAUAGAGCGAGAGAAGGAAGAGCAGGAGCCCGAAGUGAUUAAGGACUCCCCUGACUCGCCUGAGCCUCUUAACAAGAAACCCCGUCUAACUUCAGAGGACAUUCAGCCUCUUGAAAAGCCCAAAGGCCCAGUCUCACUUCUCACGAUGUGGACCAAUAGAAUUACUGCAGCCAACUCCAGGAAGCACCAAGAGUUUGCUGGAAGGAUCAGCUCAGUCAACAACAAGGCCGAGUUAUACCAACACCUGAAUGGAGAGAAUGGGAUGGAUCACGAGAAUGGGAAAUCCACCAGAUAAUCUAUACAAGACUCCAGUCCUUCCUGUAUCAGUGUUUUUUUAAUGAGAUUUUGUAUGGAUUGGCCACUCAUGAGACAAAAUAAUAAAAAGUCAGUAUUUUUGGUGUUUUCACUUAGCUAAAAAAAUCUGAGUCUUUUGCUAUUGUAAUUUGUGAAAUAAUAUUAAACACAACAAUGGUUUUUGAAUGUUGAA